AUUUGGCUACGCUAAUUCUUUCCUGAUUACCUACUUCUUAGGUGUUAACAAGGUACCCCCUCUCCCACCUCCAACCUCAUCAAUUCUGUUCCGCCGUGGGUCAAAUACCUUUCGUUUACUCUCGAAAUCACACCGCGGCAUCUAAUCAUACAGAAAAGGGGCAAUUUGCUUUGCUGGCUGUCCUUUAUGUGGCCGUUGGCGAUGUUCAGCGCAAUUUGCCAGUGGUGAUGAGAUUCCUUGUUUGUUCAUUUAGAUCCGAAUCUCGAACUGGGGUCUUCACACCGAUGUUUUCGACCAAACAACAUGCCUCUGAUGGUAGGGUAUAAAGGUCAGGCUUAACUCCUCUAUCUCAUGUUUCCUGUCCAAUUCACAUUCCUCCUCGGAAACCUCUACAGAUAAUCUCUUAUAACAACCUUUCGGUUAAUACCCUUCGUAUCUCUCUUACACUUUGAUACUGCCAUCUAUUGCCUUUUCUUAAUCAAUCAUUGUUAUCUUCUCCAUCGCUCAUCUCAUUUGUUGCAUUUCCACCAUGGGAGCUGCGUUAUCUUCGUCCAAAAGCCCCAACUACAUUCACCCCGCCAUCCAAUCCUCAAACCCUCCUACUCGCGUUUAUCGUAUUGAAGUAUACAAAAUUUGCCGACUUGUCAAGCAGCUCACUGAAGAUGAGAGGAAACUUAAUGGUAUUAAAGUCAUCAUCAAAAUCAAUCCAGUGAAAGGGCGCCCUCACUCUACUUCGAUUGACAUGCCCUACCCUCCGUCUGUCUACCAAAAAAAUCCUUCCGAAUCAAGACUUCGUCCUAUGCUUUUGAGCACCAAGACGUCAAUUACUUCUUUCCCACGUUCCAUGUCCAAGUCUGAUAUCAAGACCCAGCCUAUCAUCAGUGACCCUCAUCAGCCACUCGAAAUUGUUGGCCUCAAAAAAGUCAAGUACAUCCCUACUUCCUACAUCAAUACCUUUCAUUUUGACAAACAUUAUAACGUCAGGGACAUCCUUACUGCUAUUGAUGCUACUAUCAACGAAGUCUGCAGCCCUACUCCCACGGAAUGUACAGUUACUCAAGGCAAAAAUACGGCCGCAUCUUCUGUUAUUUCAACACCCAUCCGCUUGAUCCAAAGGCCCCUCACCGUUAAGGGCCCUUUUAUACUUCCAGAAUCUGAUACCAAUAACGGAGUCGACACCGGCUCUUUGGCACGCACGUCCGCUGAGACUGUUACAAAUGCCAUCUCUAUACCCAAGGCCGCUUCCUAUAUGGAUGUUAAAACCGAGGUAUCUCCAGCAACAACUACAAUCAGUUUCCGUGACACCCUCACUUCAGAGGCCGACAGCAACUCAAUUAUGGAAACCACCAUUUCAGAGCCAGCCACUGUUAUCUUCACCCCCGAGGCCCCCAAGUUAAACAAAAUGCAGAUUGCCAGCACUUCCUCGGACUCUAUCCUGGACAUUACCUUCGGAUCCCUCAACUUCCCAAUGCCCACCAUUGCUAAUAGCGAUAUUUCUGGCACUUCUUACAUCAAAUCGAUUGGGUCAUGCCACCCUCAAUCAAUAGUUAAUCCAAGCAUGCUCACGUUUCCCAGUCGUAAGAUUUUGAAAAACGCAGAUACUGUUUUCAGUCCAGAGAAGAUCAAGACCUCUACUGCCAACACUAUUCCGCCGCUCAACACUAUCAAUAAGCUUAGUCGACGUCGGUCUCAAAAGAUGACGGCUUCCAAAUUACCCACAGACUACGACCCAUUUUCUACUGGCGACAUAUGCCUGAAUAUUACGAUGCCCCUCAACACUCGCAAGGUACAUCCUACGGCUGGCAAUAGACCAUAUCCAUCAUCUAUCUCUACCAAUCGCUUCAUUCGGGACGCCCCGUCCCUUGCUAUACAACCCACUGAAGGUAAUUGUCGUACCUUGCCUCCAAAUAACAUGGCCGGAAGAAUUCCCGGCUCCAGGUUUCCAAUGAUCUAAGGAUUUUUCGGACUUUCUUAUGGGAAGAUUUCCGUUCGCAAAGGCUUAUACUUUUCUCGCAUAUCAUUUAUUAAAAAUAGGAUGAUUUACAGACCCUUUGACUGGAUAGAACGUUGGGUUUAUUUUUGUUGGGCGCGGACAUUUUGUGAUCGUAGCAGACAGAUAGAUAUAUGAUAAUGCAAUGGUGGUCUUUACUAUUCGGUUUGCUGAAGAUAGGGGCU